ACAGACUGCUGGGGCCGAGGGGACGGCAGCCAGGAGGCUCUCUGAGACCCAGUGACUACAGAGAUAGAGUGCAGAGCCAGGCCAGGGUGAGUGUGGCAUGCUGGGGGAUGGGAGUCUGACUCCCAGGGGGCUAGACAGCAGUAGAGAGUAAGGGGGCAGCAUCUCUGACCUCAGUGUAGACUCACCCGAUCCCCAGAGCAAGCCCCCACCUUACGCUCGGGCCCACUGCCCACAGUCACCGCUGCAUGGGUAAGGUUCUGAGCCCCCAGCAGCAGAGCUUGUGUCUCACCUUCCCGUUAGGGUGUUUUGGCCAGGGUAACCUUGUCUCAAAGAAGUUGUACCUGCAGCAAAACUGGCACCUUAGCUUAGAUGAGUGGAACCGAAAGCACUCGUGUUGUAGCGGAAUUACUAAAGCCUCUGGGCAGACAGCAGUCUGCUGGUCGCGAUUUACCUCUGUGAACCUCGAUUGUCUAUGCGGGCGCCCACCCUUUCCCCAUCCUGUCUGCCCUUCUCGAGCCCCUGACACACCACUUAGGGGACCCAGUGCCCAGUUGCACAGCCCUUGGGUCCUGUUUCUGCUGCCUGCUUCCUUGGCCCUGCCGUCGUGGGCUGGGCGUCCCGGGGGCGCUGGGCCACCUGGGGGUAUGUGAGGAUGUCGUAGCGUGUGCCAGAACUUUGUUUCUCUUUAUGGCUGAAUAGUAUCCUGUUGUGCAGAUGGACACAUCGUGUUUGUCCAUCAUCCACUGAUGGGCACUUAAGCUGUCUCCACCUUUUGGCUGUAGUGAACAGUACCACUAUGAGCAUUGGAGUGCACGUAUCUGCGUUGCUGCUUUCAGGUCCCCUGGGGAAUGGACCCUCCUCAGCCCUUCCCCAGGGAGAUCCCGCAUAACGAGAAGCUGCUCUCCCUGAAGUAUGAGAGCCUGGACUAUGACAACAGCGAGAAUCAGCUGUUCUUGGAGGAGGAGCGGCGCAUCAACCACACAGCCUUCCGGACGGUGGAGAUCAAGCGCUGGGUCAUCUGUGCUCUCAUUGGCAUCCUCACCGGCCUGGUGGCCUGCUUCAUCGACAUUGUGGUGGAGAACCUGGCGGGGCUCAAGUACAGGGUUGUCAAGGACAACAUCGACAAGUUCACGGAGAAAGGGGGCCUGUCCUUCUCCCUCCUGCUGUGGGCAACGCUCAAUUCCGCCUUCGUGCUCUUGGGCUCGCUCAUCGUUGCCUUCGUUGAGCCGGUGGCAGCGGGUAGCGGCAUCCCCCAGAUCAAGUGCUUUCUCAACGGGGUGAAGAUCCCCCACGUGGUGCGGCUCAAGACCCUGGUGAUCAAGGUGUCAGGGGUGAUCCUGUCUGUGGUGGGCGGCCUGGCUGUUGGAAAGGAAGGGCCCAUGAUCCAUUCGGGCUCCGUGAUUGCCGCCGGCAUCUCCCAGGGCAGGUCCACUUCGCUGAAGCGCGACUUCAAGAUCUUCGAAUACUUCCGCAGAGACACGGAGAAGCGGGACUUUGUUUCUGCAGGAGCUGCGGCUGGUGUCUCAGCCGCAUUCGGGGCCCCCGUGGGCGGCGUCCUAUUCAGCUUGGAGGAAGGCGCUUCCUUCUGGAAUCAGUUCCUGACCUGGAGGAUUUUCUUUGCCUCCAUGAUCUCCACUUUCACCCUGAACUUUGUGCUCAGCAUCUACCAUGGGAACAUAUGGGACCUCUCCAGCCCAGGCCUCAUCAACUUCGGGAGGUUCGACACUGAGAAAAUGGUGUACACCAUCCACGAGAUCCCCAUCUUCAUCGCCAUGGGCGUUGUUGGGGGUGUCCUCGGGGCUGUGUUCAACGCCUUGAACUACUGGCUGACGAUGUUCCGGAUCAGGUACAUCCAUCGGCCCUGCCAGCAGGUGAUUGAAGCCGUGCUGGUAGCUGCCGUCACUGCCACGGUGGCCUUUGUGAUGAUCUACUCCUCCCGGGAUUGCCAGCCCCUGCAGGGGAACGCCAUGUCCUACCCACUCCAGCUCUUCUGUGCGGACGGCGAGUACAACUCAAUGGCUGCUGCCUUCUUCAACACCCCAGAGAAGAGCGUGGUCAGCCUGUUCCACGACCCUCCAGGCUCCUACAACCCCCUGACCCUCGGCCUCUUCACCCUGGUCUACUUCUUCCUGGCCUGCUGGACCUAUGGGCUGACUGUGUCUGCCGGCGUCUUCAUCCCCUCCCUGCUCAUCGGGGCUGCCUGGGGUCGCCUCUUUGGCAUUUCCCUGUCCUACCUCACGGGUGCUGCAAUCUGGGCAGACCCUGGCAAGUAUGCCCUGAUGGGAGCCGCCGCCCAGCUUGGCGGGAUUGUGCGGAUGACGCUGAGCCUGACAGUCAUCAUGAUGGAGGCCACCAGCAACGUCACCUACGGCUUCCCCAUCAUGCUGGUCCUCAUGACAGCCAAGAUUGUGGGUGACGUCUUCAUUGAGGGCCUGUACGACAUGCACAUCCAGCUGCAGAGCGUGCCCUUCCUGCACUGGGAGGCCCCAGUCACCUCACACUCGCUCACAGCCAGGGAGGUGAUGAGCACACCUGUUACCUGUCUGAGGAGGAGGGAGAAGGUCGGUGUCAUCGUGGACGUCCUCAGCAACCCGGCAUCCAACCACAAUGGCUUCCCUGUGGUGGAUGACGUGGACAACACCCAGCCCGCCAGGCUGCAGGGCCUGAUCCUGCGUUCCCAGCUCAUUGUCCUCCUGAAGCACAAGGUGUUCGUGGAGCGCUCCCACCUGGGCCUGGUGCAGCGCAGGCUAAGGCUGAAGGACUUCCGUGAUGCCUACCCCCGCUUCCCGCCCAUCCAGUCCAUCCAUGUGUCCCAGGACGAGCGCGAAUGCACCAUGGACCUGUCGGAGUUCAUGAACCCUUCCCCCUACAUGGUGCCCCAGGAGGCAUCUUUGCCACGGGUGUUCAAGCUUUUCCGGGCCCUGGGCCUCAGGCACCUGGUGGUGGUGGACAACUGCAAUCAGGUGGUGGGGCUGGUGACCAGGAAGGACCUUGCGAGGUACCGGCUGGGCAGAGGUGGCCUUGAGGAGCUCUCGCUGGCCCAGACAUGAGGCAUCUGCUCUCACGGGCCUGGCAUCCCUGCCCCAUGUGCCCCUCUCACCUCCUCUGGUAUCUCUGGUCUCGUGCCGAAGCCUGCUCCCCAGCCCUCAGUGGAAGAAGGAAGUCCUUCUAGCUCCCAGAGCCGCCGCAGAUGGCCAGGCAUUCCCCCGGAACUCCUCACACAACGUGUGCCUCCCAGCGCCCCUCACUGGCUCCAAGGGUGAUUCUCUUCCCGCUAUCUGCGCCUCACGGGAGUCACACGUGUGCCACGAUGUCCAGCUGUUCUUUCCUUCCUGCUGUGCACCCUCACCAUCUGGGGAGGGUGCAUGUGUGAGUGUGAGAGCGUGAGUGUGUGGGCAUAUGUGUGAGAAUGUGAGUGUAGGGUGGAAUAUGUAACUGUAUAUGUGUGUUGGGAGUGAGUCUGUGUGUGAGUUUAUGCAUAUGAGUGUGAGUACAUGGGGGGGCUUGUAGGGUGUAUGAGAAUUUGUAUGAGUUCAGAGUGUGUGCGCAUGUGUGUGUAUGUGUAUGCCUGUGAGAGACUGAGCUGGGGUCCCCGCUGCUGCUGCUACUCUGUGACGCCAGGGCUUCACUCACUGUGAUCCCAGGGCCUGUCCUCCCUGUGACCCCAGGGCCUGCACUCUCUGUGACCCCAGGGUCGGCCCCACUCUUUGUGACCCCAGGGCCCUAUCCUCUGUGACCCCAGGGCCCCACUCUCUGUGUUCCUGUUAGCACACAGACAGUUAUGUGGCCUUCCGGUGUCCCUGACUCCCGGCACCAUGGCUGGGAGGCUCCAGCCUACUUGCCUUGGCCACAGGCACAGUCUUGGCUGGCAGUGCGGUGGUGACUUGUGGCCACCGUGGAUGCUCCUGGCCUGGCAAAGGCCCCAGCUGAGCAGAGGACCCUGGGAAACGGGGUGGGCCGGGGGCAGCAUCAGGGGCAGGCUCUGUGGAGAUGCCAGCUGUCCCCAGGAUCAUGCACAGGUUCCCUGGUCUGCACCCUGGCCUGGCCUGGGCCUGAGCCAGCCAGCUUCAGGAAACAGUGAGCCCACCUCCUGCUGGGCCACAAGCCUGAGGCCACUAAGCCCUAUGAGCCGUGCCUCAGUGCCAGAGCUGUCAGGGGCACUAGAGGCCCCCAGGGCCAGUGGUGAUGUUAUUUCUGCUGCAGUGGCCACUGGAGGGCCUCUGAGGACCCUGCUCCUGUCAGCCCAGUUAGCCUGGGUAGGGGGUCUGUGCUGCUCUGGGCCAGUUCCAGGAACAUGUGGGUCUGGGUAGUCCUGGUGAGCAUGGAUGGGCUGGGGCUGGUGGUCCCUCGAUUGCUGGUGGCCCCCCAGGGACCCCUGGCUUGUCUCUGUCACUAGGCAGCACAGAUAUUUGGGCUGGUCUGGGCCAGGCCACCGCUCAGGUUCACCUUCAGAGAAGGCUGUGACUUAGAACUCACCCCUUCCUGGGGGCACCACCCUGUGGGCCACUGCAUAGGUGGGGGGUUCUGAAGGUGGAAAUAAAGAACUCAUCCUCGAAAGGCCA